AUGCGUGCAACAGUGGUUAUAGCUUCCUUGCGGUUCGUUGUAGCAUCAGCAUUUGCUGAAGAGCUUGAUCUGGAAAUCUUAGUCCGCGACGCAUCAGCUGAGUCCUCUGAAGAUGGUGGCGUUUUCAGAAGUGGCCAAGCUGGCUCAAUGUGGUUCGACGGAAGCAUCGGAAGGGCCAUGAUUGCUUGCAACCAGGAACCCAUGGCUGGAUUAUUGUUGUUUGCGUCUUUCAACUCCAACUGGAGAAUCUUGCGAAGUGUCGUCCCAGAUAACUGCCUGAUCCUCUUUGUUGCUGGGGAUGUAGAGGUCGAGCUCCAACCCCGGUUUCCUACCAGCUUAUCGCUAGAUUGUUCAGGGCGCGACGGAUUAAGUCGGCGGGCCCUUCCCCAGGGCUGUCCGGAAUGGUUUCCUACUAGCUUAUUUUCCAUUGUGGUCAGUAGACGGAUUAAGCUGGUUGGACCAUUCAAGAAGAAAGGGGAUUUGGGCACCAGCCUCAGGAAUGCGCGCCAGGCGCCAUGGCACAAGACCCCUGAAAUUGUGCAUGAAGUUGAAGGUAGACGGAUUAAGCUGGUUGGACCAUUCAAGAAGAAAGGGGAUUUGGGCACCAGCCUCAGGAAUGCGCGCCAGGCGCCAUGGCACAAGACCCCUGAAAUUGUGCAUGAAGAACAAGAAGCGUUCAUGUUUUCUCUCACCGAAUCACAGCAGCAAUCGAAGUUUUACUUCAGCUCAGCUGAUGUUUUAACGUCUGGAGAACAACUGAUGAAACUGAAAAUUCUCUUGAACCCGUUGAAAAUCUUCUGCUCUCCUCACUAG